AUGUCUAAUGUUUCUGUAAUAUUAUGUGUUCCAUAUCUAUUUAAGGAUAAUUGUUACUCCAAUAUUGAUACUGUUACCGAACCAAUGCAAUGUAAUUACUCCACCUCAAUGGUGGUGAUCACAAAUAAAAUUGGUGCUUUUAAGCGAGUCGAAGAGAAGAAUGAAAGUCAGCGAGUUAGUGUAAAAAUGGUAGAUAAUAAUAUUUAUAAUGUAGAAUUUGUUGAUAGGAUCCAACAAAACCAAAUGAUUGGCGGUACGCCUAACUACUGCAUUCCUUUAAUGAUUAACGCCAUAACAGUCCAGGGUAUCUCAUACAGUGACCCGUAUUUCAGUAGCUUUAACUUAAACUAUAAGAUGGCGUUUGGAGCGCCAGAGUAUAUGAACAAGUCUGAUUACGCUUUUAAAUCCUCAGUUUGUAUUAUACGAGAUGAACCUUGCACGAAUAAGACACAAUUACUAAAUGUGGAGUCUGCUCAUGAUAAUAUGGAACGCAAAGCUCGAAUGAUAACACAUGAAAAGUCUGUAUACAAUCACCAUGACAAUAAGAUAUUGAGCGUCGGUGAUUCAAUGAGCCAGUCGGCGGUAUUGAAGACGUUCAAAAAUGGCGAUCUGACAUUAGAUGGUAUGUUGGCAUUGGUGGAGAAUGAACAAAGAAUCUUAAAUGAUAUUAAGAAGAGUGAAGAAAUAGAUACUUGGGGCGUGCCUCGUCGCUUGCGGCUGUGCGGCGGCGGUGAAGGCUCUCUAAAUGCUGCCUCAGGCUGGGGAAGCCCACCCACUUCUAAUAAUGCUGGUAAUUGGGGUGGUAAUUCCAGUGGCCAAACCAAUAAUGGGACAAAUAAUACUCAACAAUGGAACAACAAUCAACGACCACAAACUUCACAAGCUGACAUGAACAGCAAUAAGGGGAAUGGCAAUCAAAUACCGCCGACCAGUGCGGCAUCACAAAAUUGGCAAAGCUCCCCACCAAACAUGCCAAAUUCCCAAUCCAACAAUAACAGUGCGCCUUCUAGCAAUGGUACAAACGGAAAUGGAAACGGGAGUAAUAUGGCAAACGCAAAUGCCAAUGCGAACGGACCAACUUCAAAUGGCAACAAUGGAAACUCGCCAAAUAAUACAUCCUCCGCGAAAAUAGAACAACUUAAUUCUAUGAGGGAGGCACUAUUCAGUCAAGAUGGCUGGGGCGGCCAACAUGUGAACCAAGACACAAACUGGGAUGUGCCCGGAUCUCCCGAACCCGGAGCCAAGGUGGACGCGGCUGGAGGGCCGCCCCCUUGGAAACCAAAUAUUAAUAAUGGUGCUUUUCUUGGAACCGAUCUCUGGGAGGCCCACUUGAGGAACGGUGGCCAGCCUCCGCCGCAACCCGCGUCCAAGACGCCCUGGGGCCACACCCCUACUACGAACAUUGGUGGGACGUGGGGCGAAGACGACGACGCCGCGGAUUCUGCUAACGUAUGGACCGGGCCGCCGCAGCAGCAGCAAUGGGCAGGAGGUCCGCCGGCCCACUCGCAGCAGUGGGCAGUACCAAAGAAAGACGACUGGAACGCUUGGGGUGAACCGCACCGGCCAGCUGACCCCAGACUGGACGCCCAUCGCACCCCAGACCCUCGCCAGCAACCCCCAGAACUACGCGGAGGGAUAUCCGGCCGCCUCAACGGCGAUAUGUGGAAUCAACAUCAUCAGCACACGGCUGCCGCUCCCAACAAGAUGAUGCCUAGUGGUGCUGUCAACCAAUGGGGUUCCCAGGGACCAAAGGACGGUAUCAAGGUGAGCGGUUGGGAGGAGCCUUCUCCGCCGGCUGCGCGCCGCGCAGCGGGUGCCUUCGACGACGGUACGUCCCUAUGGGCCCAACGCUCGGGCAUGGGCGGCGGCAUGGCUAGAGGUGCGCCCCAAGGGCCCCCCGCCCCGUCGAGGAUCCCACCCACGCCCUCGAAGCCGGAAGGCGUCUGGGCCACGCACUCCCAGCGAAAUGGCUCCUGGGAGGAGUCCCACGCGGGCUGGCCCGAUCGUGAUGUCCCGUCCUGGUCGGACUCUUCCGCUCCCGGUCUAUGGCCCGUACCGAAGCCGAAGCCGGCCGGUCCCGCUGGGGCCUGGCCUGAUGAUAUCGCCGAGUGGGGAGGCCCCAAACCCCCUCAGGGAGGUUCCAUCGGCAAGCAGCUGACUAAGGAAAUGGUCUGGAAUAGUAAGCAGUUUAGAAUCCUCUUGGAAAUGGGAUACAAAAAGGAAGAAGCCGAGGCAGCUCUUCGUAGCCGUGAUAUGAACGUAGAAGAGGCGGCAGAGAUGCUGGCAGCCGCUCGCGGAGAUAGCUGGCGUCGGGAUGACCACUUCCACCAUGGACCGUUCCAGCAGCAACCGUCAGUUCCGUCAGUUUCUCCAGCGGUGGUACAGAAGUUGCUGAACCAGCCGCCUCCGCAUGCGGUUCAGCAUCAUCCAUCCUUUAAUCCUAACAGCGGUUCUGGAAAUAGCAGCCAACCCAGCACAGCCCAGCUCCGGAUGCUAGUUCAACAGAUACAAAUGGCUGUGACAGCUGGAUACCUCAACCAUCAGAUAUUGAACCAGCCGCUUGCUCCACAAACAUUGGUUCUACUUAACCAACUCUUACAACAGAUAAAGGUGCUUCAACAAUUGAUGCAACAACACACAUUGGCCAUUUCAAAGGCCAACUCGUCCCUUGCACUUCAGUACUCCAUGCAGGUCUCCAAGACGAAGCAGCAGAUUACCGCAUUACAGAACCAAAUAGUAAACCAGCAAGCUCUAUACAUGAAGCAGCAAGCUGGUGGCGCUGAUUUGUACAAGCAGAGCCAUGAUCCAUUGACUCAGCUCGGCAACAACUUCAGCGAUAUGACAAUCGGCAAAGAUUCACAGGGUGGCUAUGGAGCCACAAACCAACAAUCGCGACUGAACCAGUGGAAGCUGCCGUCUCUAGAUAAGGAGAGUGAAGGGACGGACUUCAGCCGCGCCCCUGGCACUGCGAAGAGUGCCACCAGCCCCCAGCUUAACCAGAUGGGCUUGCAGCCCGACUCCACUUGGGGUGUAGCGCGUGGGGCCGAAUGGGGCGAAGGCGCCGACGUGGCCGACGGCAAGGACUGGCCUGCGCACACGCAUCCACCCGUCUAUGAUCUCGUGCCGGAGUUUGAGCCUGGCAAACCUUGGAAGGGUAAUCAACUAAAGACUGUAGAAGACGAUCCAGCUAUGACUCCUGGGUCGGUGCGAUCUCCACUUUCACUCACCGCUAUCAAAGAUUCGGACAUGCUCGGUGGGAAGACCUCCCCACCUGGAGGGGAACGAAGCCUCUCCUCCUCCACCUGGAGCUACCCCCCCGUUACCAGCGCUGGGGGGCUGAAGACUGACGCAUGGGGGGCAAAGGGUAGAGUUGCCCCACCCGGACUUAACAAGUGGCCCCAGCACCACGCGAAUAACUCUCGCAGCGUCCCAUCUUGGCAGGCCUCCACUUGGCUGCUGCUGAAGAAUCUUACUGCUCAGAUCGACGGAUCUACUUUGAAGACACUGUGCGUACAGCAUGGUCCAUUGCAGAACUUCCAUCUUUACCUUAACCAAGGGGUGGCUCUCGCUCGCUACUCCACACGCGAAGAGGCCGCUAAGGCUCAAAUGGCCCUCAACAACUGUGUGCUAAGCAACACUACUAUAUUUGCGGAGUCUCCAGUCGAAUCAGACGUGCAGCUCCUUCUGCAGCAUCUCGGCUCCAGCGGCGGACCCGCUUGGAGGGCCGGUGGAGGCUCUAAGCAAGAAAACUGGGGCGGAUUCCCCGGGCUCUGGCCCGACCAGCACGAGGCUCGCGCUACGCCCUCCGGUCUCAACUCGUUCCUGCCUCCGGAUCUACUCGGCGGAGAGUCCAUUUAA